AUGGCUUCAGGUGGAGGAAGUGCAAAAUCCCGCAAGGCAAAGGAGAAGGAAGCCAAAAAACAGAACAAAGGAAAGAACGGAAAGAAGGGAAAUAAGGCACAAAAACAAGAAUCUACCCCAGAAUCUCAGGCAUCUCCACCGCAGUCACCUACUCUCGAACCUCAGGAACCUAAAGCACCCCAAGGUCCUGAAAAGCCUCAAGAACCCGAGGGACCUCAAGAGGAGGAAGAGCUUGAGGAUUUCCAAGAACUCGAAGAACUUGAUGAUCCUGAGCAACCUCAAGAAUCUGAUGAACUUCAAGUACCCGAAAAACCACAGGAACCUCUAGAAUCCCAGGAACAUCAAGAGGCGGACGAAUCUCAAGCACGUCAGAAAUCCCAAGAGCCAGAGGAGUUCGGAGAAGCUCAAGAGAUCCAAGAGACCCAGGAACCUCAAGGACUUCAGGAGACUCAGCAUCCUCCACCAACCCAAUCUGUCAUAGAAAGUCUUCCACCUUUGCCAGAUUCUACUGGAUCAAGUCCAUCAGCGACUCCUGUGAGCUUCAAACCUGCCAGUAUUUCCUGGCCAAAUAUUUUCACUGCCACACAACUUGAAAAGCAGUCACCCGUUGACACCCGUGUUGACGAUAUCCUCGAGAAGGACGACAUUGAAGACGAAGACAACGAAAGCGAACCUGAAGAACCCCGAGAGCAAUCAGCUCCAUCACCCGCCAGUGCUAUAUCUUCUGCUGGGCCCGCUACUCCAACUGCUAUAAUAUCAAGCAACCCAUUCGAUGCACCCGAUAACACGAGCAGAGCAGUGAAAGAUUCGUCGGCGCCUCUCAAGCACCCAUCAUUAUCAGCAGCAGAAAUUCCCCUUCCUUCUCCUUCUCUAUCCGAAGUGAAAUCAAGGUCCAGCCCAGCUGCAUCUUGCCAAUACAUCCGCUGCCCUUCACCCGCUCCAAUCGUUUCACACCAUUAUUCAUUUGGCAGCCCUGUAGUGCAUCCAUAUACCCAUGCCAUGAUACCACCACACAACGGAGCACCUGUCGAUCCCAAGAGUAUGGCGGUCACCACUCCAAAUUACCAUACCUCCAUGCUCUCGUCUACUAUGGACUUGCCAUAUAACCAAUACUGCCACGCGAAAAAGAAUAGUCGGACAUCAUUUGGCCGGGGAUAUGCGGAUCCUUAUUACAACCAUUAUGGAUCUGUCAAAGAACCGGCACUUGUCCAGCCACCGAUGAUUGAGAACGGAAAAUCUGCUUCAAGUGGCGAGGGACUCAAUGUUAGUCUUCUCUCAAGAAUCCAAAGUAUCAUCCCAGAUAUUAGCCAACUAGUAGUCAGCUAUCGAGAUCAACAAAGUCAUAUGUCUGCACGUGAGGCAGAACAUAAACAAAUCGAGGCUCAGCAUGAGGAAUCCCUAAUGCGGAAAGAGUUCUAUAUUGAAGCUCUCCAGAUGCAAAUGCAGAAAACUGCCAACGAGAGUGCAAAGGAAUGCUCGAAAUUAAAGGGAAGGAUCACCGAACUCCGAUUCGAGCUUGGCGGACUCCAGGAAAUACAAAACGAUAUUGAGAACAGCCUGGCUGAGGCUCAAAAGGAAAACAAUGAACUUUCUCAAAUGCGAGAGGAUCUCCAAGUGGAAAUUGAUACUCUCCAGCGCGCCAUCCAGGAAGCGAAAGAAGCCCACGAGCAAGAAUUAGAGAAGCAAAAGGAAAAGGAGCAGGAAGCUUUGGCCAUCCAGAAGCAAGAAUUGGAAGGCUAUUUUGAGGAGAUCAAGAACGAAGAUGACAGACUCGCAGACGAACAGCUAAAAGCCCGUGAGAAAGAACUUACGGAUGAACGUGACUCACUCAAAGCUGAAUGGGAAGCUGAGAAACAGGCCCUGGAAAGGGCGAAGGCUGCCUUGGCCACCAAGUACGAGGGUAAGUUGGAGUCAAAGCAGGCUGACAUCGACGCAAAGCAAGCAGAUGUUGAUGCUAAGCAAAGCCAAUUGGAGGUCAAACAAGCGGAGUUAGAUACGACACAGGAGAAGCUGAUUGCCUUGAAAGGGGAAUUGGAGACUAUUCAGGGAGAGCUGGGAACGAUGAAGGAAAAUUUGGUGACCACUCAAUGCCAGUUAGAAACGAAGAAAGGCGAAUUGGAGACUAUGGAAGGUGAGCUGAAAACAACAAAAGGCAAGUUGACGACCACACAGGGUGAGCUGGCAACUACGAAAACCGAUUUGGAGACUACUAAGGGCGAGCUGGAUACCACUAAAUGUGAUUUGGUGACAGCUCGGGACGAACUAGAAAUGAAAGCGGGAAAGUUGGAGGAUAAGGAGGAAGAGCUAAAAGAUAAACAGGGAGAACUUGACACUACACAGGGUGCGCUUGACUCUAAGAAAUCUGAAUUGGAGGCAAAAAUUGCAGAGCUUAAAGGAAAAAUGAGCGAGUUGGACGCGAAGAACACCGAGCUUCAAGCAAAGCAAUCCGAGCUGGAGUCGGUCCAAAACGAAUUAACCUGCAAGCAGACUGAACUUGAAUCCAAGCAGGCAGAGCUGGAUACGAAAGAGGCCGAACUCAGCGAAAUGAAGAAAAGCCAUGUAGACGAACUCGCCGCCCUCAACGAAGCCCACGAGAAGGAGCGUAAUGCCGCUGCACAGGAAGCCGCGGAGAAGAUAGACAACUUAAUAGGCGAGUAUCAACAAAAGGAAGAGGCCUGGCAAAAGGCUCGAGAGGACCUAGAAAUCCAGCUGGCUCAACGAGCGGAGGAUUUGAGACAAGCAGGGGAGGAAAAGGAAAUUCUUGCCAGGGAGGGACAAGUUAGGGAGGAUCAAUUACGGAGUGCUAUAGAUGGUAUGCGGAUCUCGCAGGAGAUAAUGGGUAGAGAAAGAGACAGAUUGAAGAAAACAUUGCAUAGUCUCGGGGAGGCAACUGAUAUGAAGAUGAAAGGGGACGGCUUUUUCAUUCAAUGCUUUGGCCAACUCUUGCAUCUCAUUGUCGACCUCUCGAAGGAGCACUUCGGCUACCUCCCUAUCGACCCACCAUCAGAUAUCAUCGCUAAGAUCCCCUCCGAGAUUCCUCAAUUCCUAGACAACUCGCAAGCGUCUCGAGAACUCCGAUCUGCCUACAUCCAGCAUGUGAUUUCCAAGACGCUCAACUACAGGAUCUUCCAACCGUUCUUAUUCACACUUGGCAGACGCUACGAUAAAGCAGAUACCUUCUUCCAAAUGCUAUCAAUGGAUAUCCGGUGCAAGUCCGUGAGACGUGAGGCCUAUUGGAGAAAACAAACUCUGAAAGCCGCCUACACAACAUCUGAUGCCAAGCAAGCCAUCAAUGUGGUUGCUGCCGUUAUCGUCGACGAAAUCAUCGAUCACAUCCGCCACUUCGCAGACCCCAAGAACCUCGACACCCUGCUCGUUGGAGUGCGGAAAAUCGUUAAACUUGCAGCUGAGACAUGGCGCCUCGCCCGUGUCGAACGAGAACUCAUUAUUUCAACCAUGCCUUCCGCAGAGGACGAACAAACCACGAACCAAGGCUGGAAGGAAUUUAACUAUGAUACCGCCCCAUCACCGCCAGAAGAAAACACUGACAAUGAUGCCUCCUUUCCCACGAUCCGCAAGCGACGAGUUCUCCUUCGUAUGUUUCCUCGAAUUUACCGCGAGCCUGCGCACGAAGACUUCACCGAAGACGGCGAACCGGGCACUCGAUGCGUUUACCUUCCUGGUGUUGUCCUUUAUGCCGACUCACCUUCUGUCCUUGCACGGAAAAUGGAACUCUCCAAGAAAAUGGCUGAUCCGUCGGGAUCUAGAUCUGGUACCCCUGCCGUUGACCCUGCGAAUGAUGAUGGCGGUGUUCCCCCUGCUGCUUCUGAUCUUCCUUUAGACAAGGCUGCAAAUGAUCCAGCCAGCGCGGAGGCGGAUGAUGCUGUUGAGUGA